AGCUUCAAUUGGUUACCAACACUCCUAAGAUGAUUCAUGAAAACGUUGCACUGGCGUCACAACGCCGUUCGACGGAGAGAAGUUCACACCAACCGAUCACAUUCAACCAACAGUCGUUAACCAGUACGAAAAACGAAAAGAGAAUAAUGUCGACUGACUUGAAAAGGUUAAGGAAGCGUAGACAGCGAACUAAAGGUAACCCUUCUAGAAGGCCUUCAAAAAAGUUAUUUUGUAAAGAAAAUGGUAAUAUUCUAGUUCGUUCCAUGCCGUCAAAAGCACCCUGCAAUUCUACUCAAUUUAUUAUGGAAGACCGCGCUGAAGAACCCGACUCCCGCGGAGCCUCGCCUUUAUCGAACGUUUCGUUCGAUUUGGAAACUUUCUCUGAAGUUAGCUAUAUUGAUUUCUUCAAAAAAGACUUUGACGAAGAGUAUGCGAAUGCCAGGCAUACCGCUUUAUCGAAUUUGGACAAACAUUCUUUAAUAGCUUAUAUUCUUUCGUUAGAGGAGCGAGUACAAAAGAGUUGUGAUGAAACUCUAAAUGAAUUGGAAGACGUCAGGAUGUUACAUCAAAAACAGAAUGCUGACAUAAGUUGA